UAAGAUCUGCGCUAGUCGGAUCGGGCUUAGCUGGCGACGUUUUCGCCUCACCGUUCAAACAUCGCCAUCACCACCACCAUCAUGGUCGAUCGGAUAGAUGCAUCUCCAAACGCUACAAGCAUCUCUGCACAGCAUCACACUACUGCAGAACCUCAAUUAAAGAAUCGGGCAUCCGGUCCAAUCUCAUCUACGACUCCUGUUCGCAUCCUCGGUCGUGCGACCACGCCUCACCCUACCCCGCCAUGCUUCAUCACGAGAAUUCGUCUCACCAAUAUCUUCGCCCCUCGGUUGCAUGCAUCUACCUGCCUAGUGACUUGAUUCCAAAUCUAAUUUCCAAUUUCGAGACCCAAACUUCGUUCAACACGCACCGUCAGCUAGCUCAGCUAACAGCUUGCAGACAAAGUCCGUUAGCAUGUAUGACCUUUGAUCCUCUACCCUUCCUCCCGCUGUCAAACUUCACCUCGUGGUCUAUGUAUCGACCGAUAUGGCGAUCCACUCCAUGAUUGUUCCGGUAUCGUCUAUACCCGAUAAGGCAUAGGGCUCUUCUCGCAGCAUCCUGUAGCUCACCACGCUUUGUUCUCCGUCUCCAGCUUAACCCUACGAUUGCCGAAAGCGGUUCGCUGAAGGCCCGCAACACGAAACGUCAUCAUCAAGCAGCGCAGCCCACCUUGCUCGUCUGCUUCAUCUUUCCAGCCACUCACCUCUAUGCAACCUGGUCAUCGCUGCACAUCCGGUGGGUUGGAUGGAGAGCCGCCCAUGCAGCUGUGGCGAGACAUCAGAACAGUUCUGUCGUGCUGCCAUCCACCGUGAAGUCUAUAAGUGUCUUGAUUUGCCCAUCGGUUUUAUACCCCAAUAGUUUUAUCUACGGCGCUAACGGAACAUUACCCUGGCCUUACUCCGCUGCUCACUAAGCCACCAACGUUAGUUCCAUCAUCAAUCUACUCGUUCCGCCGUUGUGACUUCUUUGCUUUCCAUAGUCAGUCAUACUUCCAUAUAAAUCACAUCAUUCUGCCAAUCCCAUCUCAUUCCAGCUAUCCCAACCUGUUCGUUUUACUGGCUCCAGGCUAAAGUCAUACAAAGUCAUGUUAUCCAACGGGGCGAUUCCCAUCAUCGACAUUCGGGUCGGUGAGGCUGACUUCAAUAUGCUACAAGACAUCAAGCAGGGGUUGCGACCUGAAGAUGGCGAGCACAAGACCUUGCCAACCAUGCUCCUGUAUGAUGAGGCAGGCCUGCGCCUGUUUGAGAAGAUCACAUAUCUGGACGAAUACUACCUCACCAACUCCGAGAUCGAAGUGCUAGAGAGAUACGCCGAUGAAAUGGUAGAAAGAAUUAAACCGGAAUCGAUUGUGGUUGAACUUGGGAGCGGUAAUUUGCGCAAGGUCAACAUUCUCCUACAAGCCAUUGAGCGUGCUGGGAAAGAUGUCGAGUAUUAUGCUGUCGAUCUGUCUUUGUCUGAGCUGAAGCGUACUUUUGCAGAGAUUCCUACAGGUAAACCAAGCAUCACUGAACUCAGACAUCAUCCUGACUUGUAUAUAGAUGGCUAUAAGCAUGUGAAAUGUUUCGGAUUACACGGAACGUAUGAUCAUGCUUUGGAAUGGCUCAAGUCAUCGCAGGUUAGCGCGAAACCCAAAACUAUCCUGUGGCUGGGCUCCAGUCUCGGGAAUUUUGAACGACACGAGUUGGUUCCCUUUUUCUCCGGUUUCCGGGCAGCAAUUCAGCCCGGAGACACCAUGAUGAUAGGCAUCGACUCUUGUAAGGACCGUGACCGUGUUUAUCACGCCUAUAAUGACCGCGAGAAUGUGACCCACCAAUUCAUCCUCAACGGCCUCAAGCAUGCCAAUCGUAUCAUGGGAAAGACCGUCUUUCAUCCCGACGUAUGGGAGGCUUCGGGCGAAUAUGACGCUGAGAAAGGCUGUCACCGUGCUUGGGUUUCACCUUCCCAGGAUGUUACGAUCGAUGGUGUGGAGAUCAAGCAAGGAGAAAAGGUUCGCAUUGAAGAAAGCUACAAAUUUUCGCGAGAUGAGAUACUUCAGCUCUGGCAACAAUCUGGCUUGGUCGAUAACACGGUUUGGAGCAACACUUUGGGGAUCUAUGGUCUACACUUUGUCUCCAAGCCCGAGUUUUUCUUCCCAACCAAACCGGAAUGUUAUGCGGAGUCUCCGGUCCCUUCCAUGGGCGAAUGGCGUGAACUAUGGGCGGCUUGGGAUGUAGUUACCCAAAAAAUGAUUCCUAAGGAGGAGCUUCUUUCCCAGCCAAUCAAGCUACGCAAUGUGUGUCUAUUCUAUCUUGGACAUAUACCCACGUUUCUCGACAUUCACCUUACUCGGUCGACUGGAAAGGCUGCCACGGAUCCAGUAUUUUUCCAGGAAAUCUUUGAGCGUGGUAUCGAUCCCGAUGUCGAUGACCCGGAGCGCUGCCAUGAUCACAGUCCCAUUCCAGAAUCUUGGCCGCCCGUGGAAGACAUCUUGGCUUUUCAGGAAAAAGUCCGGGAACGAGUCGGCAAUUUGUAUGAUUCCGGUGUCGCCCACUCCGAUUCUCGGAUUUCUCAUGCUUUGUGGCUUGGCUUCGAGCACGAAGCUAUGCACUUGGAAACACUACUUUAUAUGUUGAUACAGAGCGACAAGGUGAUGCCGCCUCCGAAUACCCCCGUUCCUGAUUUCAAAGCAUUAGCAGCAAAAGCUGAAGUCACUGCUGUGGAUAACGAGUGGUUCACAGUACCAGAAGCUCAAAUUUCAAUCGGUCUGAACAGUGGCAAAGGCCAACCCGCUGGCUCAUAUCACUUUGGUUGGGAUAACGAACAGCCAAGCCGCUCCGUAAAUACCAAAUCCUUCCAAGCCAAAGCCCGACCCAUCACCAAUGGGGAAUACGCGGAGUAUUUGGCGACGACUGGGAAGACCACUUUACCAUCAUCUUGGUGCCAGGAGCCCAGUGGGUCUACUCAGACUUCGGAUAUGAGUAAAAGAGACAGCGUGAUGAAUGGAAAUGGCAAUUCAGUUUCUGCCCAAGCUCAGAGUAUCGCCCAGGGAAAGUACGUCCGUACUGUGUUUGGCACUGUGCCCCUCCCCUUUGCUUUGCAUUGGCCUGUCUUCGCCUCCUACGAUGAGCUGGCUAGCUGCGCCAGCUGGAUGGGCGGGCGCGUCCCAACGAUGGAGGAAGCCCGAAGCAUCUACAAUUUCGUCGAGCAAGGAGCGAAACAAUCUUUUGAGCAGUCGCCAGGCAAUAAGAUCCCAGCAGUGAACGGCCACCUCAUCAACAAUGGCGUGGAUGAGACACCACCAUCAGCACCUUUGGUAAAUGGCAACUCCAGCACAAACGUUAGUCCCCAACCAGCCAAUCUUUUUAUCGAAUUGACGGGCACCAACACGUCUUUCGAACACUGGCAUCCGGUAUCUGUAGCCGAUAAGGGUAACAAGCUCUGCGGUCAGUCGGAUCUCGGUGGCGCGUGGGAGUGGACUAGCACUGUGCUGGAAAAGCAUCAAGGGUUUGAAGCGAUGCCAGAGUACCCAGGAUAUACAGGGGAUUUCUUCGACGGUAAACACAACAUUGUCCUCGGGGGUUCAUGGGCUACCCAUCCUCGCAUCGCCGGACGAAAAACAUUCUGGUAUCAGCGUAACUACCCUUUCGUCUGGGCCACUGCACGCCUUGUGCGGGAUGUAUAA